AUGUGUGGAAUUUUCGCAUAUAUUAAUCACCUUACGCCUAAAACCCGAAGAGAGAUAUUAGAAUUGCUUGUUAACGGUCUUAAACGCUUAGAAUACCGUGGGUAUGAUUCGGCGGGUGUAGCCGUCGAUGCUGCUGAUGAAAAAGAUAUAGCGGUUGUAAAAAAAAGCGGGAAAGUAGCGGCACUGGAAGAAUUACUACAGGAACGCAGUGUUGAACUGGCAGUAGAUGAGAGUGUAGAUUCUCACUGUGGUAUUGCCCACACACGUUGGGCUACACAUGGAGAGCCAAGUGCCAUCAAUUCUCAUCCGCAGCGCUCUGGAGAAGACAAUGCCUUUGUUGUUAUUCAUAAUGGAAUCAUCACCAACUACAAAGCAGUUAAAACUUUCCUUGAAAACAAGGGCUAUAUCUUUGAAUCCCAAACGGAUACAGAGGCAAUUGCUAAGUUAAUACAUCACAUCUACAACCAACACAAAGGGUAUAACUUCCAGGAAUUAGUUGAGCAGGUAAUCCAACAACUGGAAGGUGCUUUUGCUUUGUGUUUCAAAUCUCGCUAUUUUCCAAAUGAAUGUGUAGCUACCCGACGUGGUAGUCCUUUACUUGUUGGAAUUAAGACAAGGCGCCGUCUUUCAAGUGAUCAUGUACCUAUUAUGUACACAAAUAAUAAAGCUACACGAGGCGUGGUACCUACUGUGCCCCGUGUCAACAGCCAUGCUCAUUUUCAGCCUGAAGAAGAAAGAGAUGUUGAGUAUUUCUUUGCCUCUGAUGCAUCUGCUGUAAUUGAACACACAAACAGAGUGCUUUAUUUUGAAGAUGAUGAUGUUGCUCAUAUUAAAGAUGGUGUUCUCAGCAUUCACCGUAUGUCAGGCAGCAGCAGUGAUCCACACGAACGUGAGAUAUUAACUCUUAAACUGGAGCUACAACAAAUUAUGAAAGGCAACUAUGAGUAUUUUAUGCAAAAGGAAAUAUUUGAGCAAUCUGAAUCUAUAGUGAAUACUAUGAGAGGACGUCUUAAUUUUGCUGAUGGCACAGUUACCCUUGGAGGGAUAAAAGAUUAUAUUCCUGAGAUUAAACGGUGCAGAAGGUUAAUGCUGAUUGGAUGUGGAACAAGUUACCACAGUGCAGUAGCCACACGUCAACUUUUGGAAGAGUUGACCGAACUGCCUGUUAUGGUUGAAUUAGCCUCUGAUUUUCUAGACAGAAAUACACCAGUCUUCAGAGAUGACGUCUGUUUCUUCAUCUCACAGUCAGGUGAGACUGCUGAUACAUUGAUGGCUCUGCGUUAUUGUAAACGUCAUGGUGCUCUUAUUGUUGGUAUAACAAACACUGUGGGCAGUUCUAUAUGUCGUGAAUCACACUGUGGUGUUCAUAUUAAUGCUGGACCAGAAAUUGGUGUAGCAUCCACAAAAGCAUAUACGUCACAAUUUGUGUCACUGGUUAUGUUCGCCCUAGUGAUCAGUGAAGACCGCAUCUCUUUGCAAAAACGGCGAGCCGAUAUUAUUGCUGGAUUAAACGAAUUGGAUACUAAAAUUAAGCAGGUAUUAUCUCUAGAUGACAAAGUUAAAGCUUUAGCAGAAGACCUUUAUCGUCAGCGUUCUUUGCUCAUUAUGGGUCGUGGGUACAAUUUUGCGACAUGUUUGGAAGGUGCUUUGAAAGUAAAAGAAUUAACAUAUAUGCACAGUGAAGGAAUAAUGGCAGGAGAAUUAAAACAUGGACCUCUAGCCCUAAUCGAUGACUCUAUGCCUGUUAUGAUGAUAGUGAUGCGUGACCCAGUUUACACCAAGUGCAUGAAUGCAUUGCAGCAAGUGACAGCACGGCAAGGUCAACCAAUUGUCGUGUGUGAAGAAGGUGAUACUGAAACAAUGGCUCUGGCGUCACGAUGUCUAGAAGUACCAAAAACUGUAGAUUGUUUACAAGGUGUUCUAACUGUCAUCCCUAUGCAGUUGCUAGCCUUUCAUAUAGCUGUGCUUCGUGGAUGCAAUGUUGACUGCCCACGAAACUUAGCUAAGUCUGUUACUGUAGAGUAA